AUGACUAAUACAACGACAACAGCUACACAACUGAUCGAAUCUCUGUUUGCUGCUUAUUAUCCAUUAUCGUUGAUUAUUGUUGGCACUUCUUUGAAUCUAUUCACAUUAAUCAUUCUUUGUCGACCCACAUUCAGAAAUACAAAAAAACAACCGAUCAUUUAUUAUAUGCGUACAAUAGCUAUUUUUGAUAUUCUCAUGUUAUAUGGAUGGAAUUUAGACCAUUAUCUUUCUAUUAUACAUGGAUUUACACUUAUAACAUAUUCAAUACCAACAUGUAAAAUUUUUGGUUUCUUGAAUUAUUUUGCUGCACAAUCAUCAGCUUGGCUUCGUGUUUUCAUUUGUUUUGAUCGUUAUUUAAUAACAAGUCGUUUACAUCGUACGUGGUUUAGUCGUCAAAAAAGUGUUCUCAUUAUUAUUACUUGUAUUAUUACAAUUACUACUUUACUUAAUUGUCAUUUUUUAAUAUUUACUUGCUAUUAUUCUUCGGAUGGUACAAUCAAUCCUAAUGCUAAAUUAUAUGAAAUAUAUCCACUAUGGGAUUAUGUCAAUUUAGGUGUAUACAACUGUGCACCAUUCAUAUUGAUGGUCACAUUCAAUAGUGGUGUUAUCUAUCAUUUGAUACAUCGUCGUUUAGUGCAAUUAAUUCAAAAUUCAACUAUUCAAUAUCGAGCCAUAUCCAUUACAUUAAUAAUUACAACAUUUCUCUUUUUAAUUAUGACAACACCAGCAACAAUAGACGCUGCAUUUUUUGCUACUACACCAACUGGUAUUCUAGAAAAAAUACUCGAUUCAGCUCUCUAUACAUAUCAUAUAACAUCAUUUCUACUUUAUUUUAUUACAUUCAAAGACUUUCGACGAGAAUGUAUCAUGUUGAUGACUUGCAAGAUCAAUAACUCUCGGAAAAUUGCACCAAUUCAAACUACUAGUAUUCCAACGAAGACACCAAAUUAA